AUGACUCCUCUGCCCUCUGGCAACGCCAGCGCCUGGGGGGCGGCAGCCCUGGGCGCCGGCUCUAACUGCAGCAGGGCCCCCAGCCUGAGCCGGCAGUGGGUGGUGGGGGCCAUCCUGAGCCUCACCAUGCUGGUGAUUGUGGCUGGGAACUUGCUGGUGAUCGUGGCCAUCACCAAGACGCCGCGGCUGCAGACCAUGACCAACGUGUUCAUCACCUCGCUGGCCUGCGCUGACCUCAUCAUGGGCUUGCUGGUGGUGCCUCCGGGGGCCACCAUCCUGCUGAGCGGUCACUGGCCCUACGGCACCAUGGCGUGUGAGCUGUGGACCUCUCUGGAUGUGCUGUGCGUCACAGCCAGCAUCGAGACGCUGUGCGCCAUCGCUGUGGAUCGCUACCUCGCCAUCACGUCGCCGCUGCAGUAUGAGGCGCUGGUGACCAAGGGCAGAGCGCGGGCGGUGGUGUGCCUGGUGUGGGCCAUCUCUGCCUUCAUCUCCUUUCUGCCCAUCAUGAACCACUGGUGGCGGGACGGCACGGACGAGCAGGCGGUGAGCUGCUACAACGACCCGCGCUGCUGCGACUUUGUCACCAACAUGACCUAUGCCAUCAUCUCCUCCACCAUCUCCUUCUACGUGCCCCUACUCGUCAUGAUCUUUGUCUACGCCCGCGUCUUCGCUGUGGCCACGCGGCACGUCCAGCGCAUUGGCAAGGACAAGGUGAGGUUCCUGCAAGAGCCCCUCAGCCCGGGCUCCAGGGGCAUCCGGCGACGGCGGCCGUCCUGUCUGCUGGCCAUCAAGGAGCACAAGGCGCUCAAGACCCUGGGCAUCAUCAUGGGCACCUUCACGCUCUGCUGGCUGCCCUUCUUCGUGGCCAACAUCAUCAAGGUCUUCUGCCGGCCGCUGGUCCCAGAUCAGCUCUUUCUCUUCCUCAACUGGCUGGGCUACGUGAACUCAGCCUUCAACCCCAUCAUCUACUGCCGCAGCCCGGACUUCAGGAACGCCUUCCGCAAGCUGCUGUGCUGCCCCCGCCGCGCCGACCGCCGGCUGCACGCCGUCUCGCAGGACCCACAGCGCUGCCCCCGCGCCUUCACCCCCGGCGGGGGCCCCGUGGAGGACAGCAAGGCGGCGGCGCCCGGGGAGGACGGCGAGGCGCGGGGCAGCGGCAGCCGCGCGGAGGAGACCAGCCUCCGCGGCGGCCACCGGCCGCGGCCCCUGGGCGAGUCCCGGCCGCUGGGCACCCAGAGCACGCUGUGUUCGCAGCUUGACGAGUAG